AAGUAUAUUUGCUUUAACAUUUUAAUUCCAGUGCAGUUGAUAUCAUUUUAGGGCUCAUAGACAAAGACUUUUCAACUAUAUUAUAAUAAAUUAAACUAUAUAAUGUAACUAUAUAAUAAUGGAUAGCUUUAAUGCUACCUGACCAGCUCACAGACUGGUGGCCUAGAUUACAAAAUCAGACGACUCAUUUCACUGCGACGUUCUGAAUUUUUUUAAAACAGCAAACAUUUAAAUCCUGCUUUUAUCAAAAGCCUGCAAAAACAUUUUCUUCAUCACAUUUUUUGUCUGUUAUUUCUUAACAGUAUCUACUCAACCUUAUGUUGCAUCUUUGUUGUUUUUAGAUAAUAAUUAGUCAAUAUUUUCCAUAUGUAUAGACAAUUCUGAUAAUGAUUUUUGAUUUGAUUUGGAUUAUGAAAAGAACCCACUGACAUUUUAUUAAAUGAGAUCUAAAAUCUUAUUCAUGUCUGCCAUCUAUAUAUCUCUAUAUCCGUGAGCUUAUCUCAUCAAAUAUAUUGUCACUGGAUUAAUUUAAUGCUCUCAGUUUGACCCCUGCUCUCUUGUGUUUCUGCAGCAUGUCCUUGCACUACAAAAUCUUCUCUUCGAUGAUCUGCCUUUUACUCAUGACAGCAAUGUUUCCAUUGGUCCAGUCGCGUCGGGGUGGGAGUUUCGGGCGCGGUGGAGGCGGUGUAGCCGGUCGAGGUGGUGCAGGUGGCGCAUGGGGUGGUGGAAGCGCCGGUCGUGUAGGCUGGGGAGCAGGGGGUGGUCAGCCACACCACGCCCCACCUCCCUAUAGCGGAGGCUCGUCUGGACACAGUACAGGAAGGGUAGUGGGGGCGGCUGCAGCUGGGGCGUUAGGAGGUAUGGUGGUCGGCCACGGUUUGAGCUCCAUGGCCCAGCCUGGGUAUGGACACGGGCAGGGGUACGGAGGCUAUGGUCAUGGAGGGUACGGACAUGGAUACGGCCACCGUAGACAUGGAGCACAUGGCAAUGGGUAUUCAGAAGAUCACGCUGAGUACCGCAAUGAGACGGAUGUGGAUUAUUAUAUGGGUGCUGCCAGUGCUGGACCCGUUUAUAACUGUGUAAUGGUUUUCGGAGCUGUGAUGUCAUUUUUACUGGGGCACUUACUGUCAUAGAGGUGAUUUGCCGCACGUCUAUGGACUUGAUAACAUUCUU